AUGAAAGAGACGGAUCCUGCAAAGCUAGCAAGGAUGGAAGGGGGAAGAUGGACGGUUGACCUGGUCAGGUUGUCUCCUGCAUCCCUCCCCACAACCUCUGAGCGUUCCCUCCCAGGGACCUCCGAGGGAUCUGGUGAGUCCCAGGGGAGGGGAGAUGGGGAUGUGGAGGGAUGGAGCCAGAGAGGAAUUGGGGCUUGCUCAGCUUGGGGGUGGGGGGAGGCAGGCAGGCGGAUGGAGAUGGAGAAGGGGAGCAUCUUUUCGGGCUCCCCGCCUGCCUGCCUGCCUGCCUGCCCCUUUGUCAUCUGCAGGCAAUUUGAGCUAGAAAUAGAUCACAGCUCCCCGGCCACUGCGAUGUAUUGGCAGCUCAAAAUGUCUAAAACCAGUUCCGUGAUCUGAAUGCCCUGCCAAUGUCAAACACUGAUCCUUCGCGCAGCACUAGAACCCACGACUCUUUUUUAAAAAAAUUGGUUUUCCCAUAUUGUAUUACAAUAUAUACCAAAGCCAACACCAUUUCCUCCCCAUCCCCCCAUACAUUUACAUUUUAAUUUCCUCAGUCCAUCAUAUUAUCCUUUUCUCCCUCCUCCCACUUCCCUCCGCCCCCACUUGAUUUCCUCCACAUUAUAAAAAUUGCAAUAAUCUUUGCAUUCUACAAUCUUCUCAAAUCAUCUAUAUAUUAUUAUUAUUAUCUUUCCUUACUAAUUUUUCUUCCAUCCAGUACUUCACAUUUUAAUCUAGGCAUAUUAGCGUAUCUUUUUUUGAGCAAUAUUUUGCCAUAUAUUCAUUGAAACAUUUCCACUCCUUUUUAAAUUUUUAUUCUUAUAGCAGUUUCUUCUUAUAGCAGUUAAUUUUGCCCAAAUUAAAUAUUCAUUUAGUUUAGAAAUCCAUUCCUCCUUUGUGAGUAUAGUUUGUGACUUCCACCUAGCAGCAAUCACUAUUCCAGCAGCUGCACUUGUGGAAUGUAAUGGCAUCCGCCACACUUUCCUGUGCCAACUCUCCGUGCCAACUGUGAGCCUGAAGCUGUCUUCCUGGCUCCAAGCCGAGUUUUGCAGCAGCGGUCGUGCCUUGGGUGGGUGAUAAAUCCAAGGCUGCACGCAGGCUUCUUGCUAAUCUAAGAAGUCUUUAAUCAUUGUACGGAAAAACAUCAUAAAUCAACCUGGAGAUCGAGCGGACAUCUCCUCGGCUCGACAGCUAAAAACGAAAGUAACUCGCACACAAAGAAAGAUUCCCGUAUGUGAACAAAACCACGCCUCAGAAUGUGAGAUGUCACACAGAACUGUUUAACCCUGUAAAUUCUGAUUCUCCUCACAGUACUUGCGUAUAGAAAAAUUCUUCCCCCCCCCCCCGUGGUAUCUCUUCAUCUAUCACUCCAAGGAGAUAUGUCUCUGGUUUCUUUGUUAUUGAUAUUUUCCACAUCUUCUUUAGUUCUUCGUGUACUACUAUCCAAAAUUUCUUAAUUUCCUCACACCUCCACCACAUAUGUAUUGUUGUUCCUAUUUCUCCACCACAUCUCCAACAGAGGUUGGAUUUCAAUUUGUAUAUCUUUGCCAGCUUAACUGGCGUUAAGUACCACCUAUAGAACAUCUUUACAAAAUGUUCUUUAAUUGUAUAUGAGGCAGUAAAUCGUAUAUCCUCUCGCCAGAGUUUCUCCCAUUGCUCUAGAUAGAUAGUAUGUCCAAGAUCCUGAGACCAUUUAAUCAUCGUUUCUUUCACUUCUUCCUCCAUCAAUUCCCAGUCCAGUAAAAGAUUAUAGGUUUUGGAUAACAAUUUCUUGUUGUUCUUUAUCACUGUGACUUUAAAUUUCAAAUCUUCUUUUGCAAAUCCUUUCUUUUGAUCCGAGUUGAAUAUACUUCUAAGUUGUAUAUAUUGCCAUCUGUCAAUUUAAAUUUUGACUUACCAGAUUGAAAUAACUUCUGAUGGGGAGCGUUCAGGUGAAGAUGUUGCUGUUUGUUUCACAGACAAGGCGUGGACGUUGCUGGAUCCUGACCAGAGAGAUCAGCAUAAAGAGGUCAAGGAGGAGAAUCGUGGGAUCGUGGACUCUCUUGGUAAGGCUCCCUGUUGGAUCAUAACAUGUUGUGAUUGCAGAUGGAGUGGAUUCCAUGACUGAGCCAGAACAAAAUCCAUCCCAGAUAAAAGCCAAGCAAUAUCUCAGUUAAUACCAGCCAACUAAGGAAGUGAAACCUAUAGGACGGCCUCACAUCUCAUUCUCUUCAGAUCUUCCUCUGUCACAAGCAUUCAUUAACAUUGUUCAAUAAUCUGGAGCUCCCAUUUCCUCCUGAGACUCUAAUUAGCAUCUCUCUUCAUUGCAGGUGGUGAUGACUUAGAAGGGAAGAACAAGGGAGAGCACAACAGGAUCCACAUAGCGGAGAAGUCAUGUAAAUAUUCAGAGUGUGGAGAGAACAUCCGUCAGAGCUCCCAGUCCAACUCCCAUCAAAGAAAGAGCUUCAUUCGAAGGAAUAGCCUCACUUCACACGAAAUAACACAGAGUAGGGAGAAAUCGUAUCAGUGCUUGGAGUGUGGAAAGAGCUUCAGCCAGAGGGCCCAUCUCACUUCUCAUCAAAUAAUUCAUACAGGGGAGAAGCCCUAUCAGUGCUUGGAAUGUGGAAAGAGCUUCAAUCGAAAGAAUAAUUUCACUGUGCAUCAAAGAAUUCAUACAGGGGAGAAACCAUAUCAGUGCUUGGAAUGUGGAAAGAGCUUUCGUGUGAGUGGUGAACUCACUUCCCACCAAAGAAUUCAUACAGGGGAGAAACCCUAUCAGUGCUUCGAAUGUGGGAAGAGCUUUCGUGUGAGUGGUGAUCUCACUUCCCACCAAAGAAUUCAUACAGGGGAGAAACCCUAUCAGUGCUUGGAGUGUGGGAAAAGCUUCAGUUACAGCGCCAAUCUCACUUCCCAUCAAAGAAUUCAUACAGGGGGAAAACCCUAUCAGUGCUUGGAAUGUGGAAAGAGCUUCAAUCGAAAGGGUCAUCUCACUUCCCAUCAAAGAAUUCAUACAGGGGAAAACCCUAUCAGUGCUUGGAAUGUGGAAAGAGCUUCUGUCAAAGGGCGACGCUCACUUCCCAUCAACAAAUACAUACAGGGGAGAAACCCUAUCAGUGCUUGGAAUGUGGAAAAUGCUUCAGUCAUAGCACCGGUCUCACUUCCCACCAAAGAAUUCAUACAGGGGAGAAACCCUAUCAGUGCUUCGAAUGUGGGAAAAGCUUCAGUGAAAGAGCCAAUCUCACUUCCCAUCAAAGAAUUCAUAAAGGGGAGAAACCCUAUCAGUGCUUCGAAUGUGGGAAGAGCUUCGUGUGAGUGGUGAACUCACUUCCCACCAAAGAAUUCAUACAGGGAGAAACCCUAUCAGUGCUUGGAGUGUGGAAAGAGCUUCAGUCAAAGCACCCAUCUCUCUUCCCAUCAAAGAAUUCAUACAGGGAGAAACCCUAACAGUGCUUGGAGUGUGGAAAGAGCUUCAAUCGAAAGAGUCAUCUCACUUCUCAUCAAAGAAUUCAUACAGGGGAAAACCCCUAUCAGUGCUUGGAAUGUGGAAAGAGCUUCUGUCAAAGGGGGACGCUCACUUCCCAUCAACGAAUACAUACAGGGGAGAAACCCUAUCAGUGCUUGGAAUGUGGAAAGAGCUUCAGUCGGAAGGAUAGUCUCAAUUCCCAUCAAAGAAUCCAUACAAGAGAGACAACGUCUUAGUGUUUGGCAUGUGGGAAAAGAUUCAUUCAUUGCCCACCAAAUAAUUUAUACGGGGUUGAAAAUUGGGUCCCUCUCAAAGAGGGCUGCAGACAACCGACAGAUUACAACUGGGGAAUAUUUCACACAGGAAACCACAUCUUCUUGCAUGGACUUUUGUCAUAUAUGGAUUUAUAAAAGUGAAGGUGAAUCUUUGAUCUUUGUAAUCUUCCCUUAGGGCCCAGGGGGAGCAAGCUUGGAUUCUAGAGGAACCAAACAAGUAUUAACUGUGAAAUCUAUCGCACAGUGUGGUCUCUUACAGAAGAUUCUUCGGUUUGGGAAAAUAUCAGUCAGUUAAAAUACAUUACAUGUGUCUUAAUUUUAACUAAACAAAGGAAAGCAGGAAGACAGCCCAGAGUCCUGGAAGAUAAGAUGGUGGAAUGAAAUAGGGCCUUCUGAGGAGGGACUGCACCGAAAACAAUUGAUGGACAACAACAAGAAGAGCACAAUUUUCAUCAUGCAUGUUAAUUUAGAUAUAGAUCUGUUAAAUAUGAUGAAAGUUGCAUGCCAGUGGCUGUCAAGAUAAGAUAAAGGAUUAAGAUCGGGAUGAUAUUGGGAAUAAAUAAAAGAGAGAAAAGUAGGAACAAGACCCCCCCCCCCAAAAAAAUAAUCUCAUCAAUCUUUGACUUUUGUCUUCUGGGUUUCACUGUUGUUAUUCUGUCUCUCACAGCUACAAUAAACCUACCAUUAAUAUUGUGGACUAGGCAUUUCUUCGUCAGAGGGCAAAAACCCAAAUUUAGAAGGGGAUCAAAUACUUUCCCCCCUCACUCUAGAUGUUUACACACACCCCUGGCUCUCGUUUGGAGGAGGAGUGAGAGGCGGAGGCUCUUUACUUCUAGAAUGGCAUUUCCACGGCACCUCCUUUCCUCCCAGGAGCUCCUCCUUUCACCCCCUUUCCAGCACUGCCUUGCUUAGUGUGGCAGCACCUGCCCUUUGGAACUCCCCGCCUCUUGCAAUAAAGCGCGUGCCUUUGCUAGACUCUUUUCUGGCACCUGCUAAGAGCAUACUUGUUUAGGCAAGCAUAGUCAGAUGCUUAGGAAGCUGAAGUAAUUUUAAUCUCUUUUAAUAUUUUAGCUUUUCUGUGUUUUAAAGUAGGCUUGUUAAUUUUUAUUGAUUUUACUGCUGUAGUGUUGUUUAUUUGUUUUUUUGUAUUGGUAAACAACUUUGCAGGUUGUUUAAAAUAAAUUUUAUGAAAUAAAUAAACAAUAAAUAUAAAUAAAAUAACACAAGCCAAAACACAAUGCAUCCUGUAGAUUUAAGUAACUGUCCACAGUGGCCUACUUGUUAUCGGAGGCCCAGAAUCCACAAUCCUUUGUAAGAAAAUAUGAAAUAAAGUCAAAACAUUUUUGUAGGCAAAAAAAAAAAAAAAAAGUCAAUACUGGGGAGGUGACAAAAACUUUUCCACACCAGGUACCCCCUGACCUUGUUAUGCCACUACCUGGGGUGCAGGGAAUGCAUGGGGGUCCCUGUUCAGAUAAUUCCUGGUGGGGGGAGACCCCCAAGUCAGGGAGCAGAGGGUCCUCCCUUGUCCUCUCUGCCAAGCCAGGGAGGGGCCACUUCGCAGGAAGUCUGCAGCUCUGCUCUUCCUUGGGAUCCAGAUGCUGCCUUCCUUUUGGGGGAGGGGGCUUUGGGUCAAGGAAAUAAACCCCCUUCAGAGGGAGGGAAAAGUCACAUUUGUGAACAGAGGAUGUAGACAGAUGAGAAGGUUUGAGAUAUACAGACUCAGCCUACAUAUUUGUAUCAUUUAUUAUUCCUAUGUUCCCUGUUUUAUAAAGCUAAUAAAAGUUAUACAAAAAGAAGAGGAAAAGGCAACACACGGAGGCCCCAUCUGAGUUCACACUGCACAGCAGGAUCAGGUUCCCUUAAGGAGUCCAGUGCUGCGCGAUGGAUCAGUGAGUUGUCUGUAAUUGGCAGGGCAUUCAGAUCGCAGAACUGGUUUUAGACCUUUUGAGCUGCCAAUACAUCGCUUCGGGCAGGGAGCUGUGAUCUAUUCCUAGCUGAAAUUGCCUGCAGAUGACAAAAGCGUAGGCAGGCAGGCAGGAAGGCAGGUGGGGGAGCCCAAAAAGGUGCUCCCCUUCUCCAUCUCCAUCCGCCUGCCUGCCUCCCCCCACCCCCAACCUGAGCAAGCCCCAAUUCCUCUCCGGCUCCAUCCAUCCAGGUCCCCAUCUCCACUCCCCUGGGACUCACCAGAUCUCUCGGAGGUCCCUGGGAGGGAGUGCUCAGAGGUUGUGGAGAGGGAUGCAGGAGACAACCUGACCAGGUCAUCUGUCCAUCUUCCCUCUACCAUCUCCUCUAGCUUGACAGGAUCCGUCUCACUCAUCCUUCCUGAAGAGUCAAGUAGCCAAAAGAAGCUGCAGGGUCCUGGGAGAGAGGAAGAAGCAAAGGGAGCCUCAGAGGCCCUGCAGGGAUUCUCCUGCCCUAGAUAUUUGGCUAGUUUAGAUGUAUUCAAGUCUCCAGGGCCAGACGAACUGCAUCCAAGAGUAUUAAAAGAACUGGCAGAUGUGAUCUCAGAACCACUGGCAGUCAUCUUUGAGAAUUCCUGGAGAACAGGCGAAGUCCCGGCAGACUGGAGGAGGGCAAAUGUUGUCCCUAUUUUCAAAAAGGGGAAAAGAGAGGACCCAAAUAAUUACCGCCCAGUCAGUCUGACAUCAAUACCAGGGAAGAUUCUGGAGCAGAUCAUUAAGCAAACAGUCUGUGAGCACCUAGAAAGGAUCACCAAUAGCUGUGAUCACCAAUAGUCAGCAUGGAUUUCUGAAAAAUAAGUCAUGUCAGACUAACCUGAUCUCGUUUUUUUGACAGAAUUACAAGCCUGGUAGAUGAAGGGAACGCAGUGGAUGUAGCCUACCUUGAUUUCAGCAAGGCAUUUGACAAGGUGCCUCAUGAUAUUCUUGUAAAGAAGCUGGUAAAAUGUGGUCUUGACUAUGCUACCACUCAGUGGAUUUGUAACUGGCUGACUGACCGAACCCAAAGGGUGCUCAUCAAUGGUUCCUCUUCAUCCUGGAGAAGAGUGACUAGUGGGUGCCACAGGGUUCUGUCUUGGGCCCGGUCUUAUUCAACAUCUUUAUCAACGACUUGGAUGAUGGACUCAAGGGCAUCCUGAUCAAAUUUGCAGAUGACACCAAAUUGGGAGGGGUGGCUAACACCCCAGAGGACAGGAUCACACUUCAAAACGACCUUGACAGAUUAGAGAACUGGGCCAAAACAAACAAGAUGAAUUUUAACAGGGAGAAAUGUAAAGUAUUGCACUUGGGCAAAAAAAGGGAGAGGCACAAAUACAAGAUGGGGGACACCUGGCUUGCGAGCCGUACUUGAGAAAAGGAUCUAUGAGUCUUGGCUGACCACAAACUUGACAUUAGCCAACAGUGUGACGCGGCAGCUAAAAAAGCCAAUCCAAUUCUGGGCUGCAUCAAUAGGAGUAUAGCAUCUAGAUCAAGGGAAGUAAUAGUGCCACUGUAUUCUGCUCUGGUCAGACCUCACCUGGAGUACUGUGUCCAGUUCUGGGCACCACAGUUCAAGAAGGACAUUGACAAACUGGAACGUGUCCAGAGGAGGGCAACCAAAAUGGUCAAAGGCCUGGAAACGAUGCCUUAUGAGGAACGGCUAAGAGAGCUGGGCAUGUUUAGCCUGGAGAAGAGGAGGUUAAGGGGUGAUAUGAUAGCCAUGUUCAAAUAUAUAAAAGGAUGUCACAUAGAGGAGGGAGAAAGGUUGUUUUCUGCUGCUCCAGAGAAGCGGACACGGAGCAAUGGAUCCAAACUACAAGAAAGAAGAUUCCACCUCAACAUUAGGAAGAACUUCCUGACAGUAAGAGCUGUUUGACAGUGGAAUUUGCUGCCAAGGAGUGUGGUGGAGUCUCCUCCUUUGGAGGUCUUUAAGCAGAGGCUUGACAACCAUAUGUCAGGAGUGCUCUGAUGGUGUUUCCUGCUUGGCAGGGGGUUUGACUCGAUGGCCCUUGUGGUCUCUUCCAACUCUAGGAUUCUAUGAUUCUAUGAUUCUAUAUUCUCCUGCCCCUGGAGAAGCACAAAUGGGGUGGCCCCUUCCCAACAGAAGCCCCAUUUCUAAACCUCUCCAGUGGUUUCAAUUUCCUCUGUUUGCUCCUCACCCCACUUUGUAAGGCUGGCAGGGUCUGUCCAGUAGUGACCUCAAGAUAGAACCCUUGAACUCACUGGGGCUUAUGGACACAACUUGGUGCCAAAACCAGUCACCUUCCUGUCCCUAAGCCUGAAAACUGCAACAUCAGAGCAUGGGCAGACGAGUAGCUAAUACAUGUAAGUGGCCCCAUGCUUGGUGCUUUCUAUGGAGUGUCCUGUUGACGUUCUUUGAGCUCUCUCAUUGCAAGCCAGGCAGAUGUGGCCAUAUUUGCCUCUUGCAUGUGGACCAAAUCUUUGGGGAAGCUCUUCAUCUCCAAUUGGUAGGAAAGAGGGUUCAUUAACCUGCUGGUGGGAGGAGGUGGCUUUUCAGCCCAUAAAUUCAACUCAUGCUGGAAUAUUUGGUGGGCUGGAUCUGGAGCACAAAGGGUCAAGUUCUGCUUGCAUGAGCCCUUGUGUUCCUUCUUCAAACUCAUUAGGCAGGAACGUCAGAGGUCAAAUCGGGAGAAUAUUUCAUUCUGGGCUUCUUAUGGCAGAGCACAGAAGACAUGUAAACAAUUCUUUUCAGUUCUGUCAAGUAGGUCCUUCCCUAGAUUUCUCAAGUGCAAGGACCCAGGGCUGUCUGAGUUAUGGGGUUCCUUGGGGUCCAGGUCAGCUGGCUAGUCAGGAUUGUCACCUGCAGAGUAUAUGUCAACUAAAGGAUAAUAGUCUGCCUUGAAUUGAGGACUUUUGGAGGUGUUGCUGAAUGUGGAAGCAGAGGAGCUGGUGAUGCCACAUUUCGGAAUAAUCUUGAGACUAAUACACUGUUGGAAAACAUGCCCCCCUCGGGAGAGGCUGGCCUCUCUCCCAGAUCCCGGGUCUUGUUUACCGGUGAUCUACUCUGGCUGACAUCCCCGCAGUCCAGGAAGAUCUUGAUAGGCGACAUCUCCCAGCUGCUAAGAUGCACACCCCCUUCUUCCUUGCAUACCAGCAGGAGAAAGAAGAUAGUCAGAAAGUCUUUUACGUCUUGUUUAUUUCUGACUGCACAACUCUACAAAAAAAUGUCCGAUCAGUUCAGUCUCCUCCGAGCAAGAGACUCAGACUUCCUUCACAUACACAACGGGAAGGUCUCAUAUUACACACAGAACAAAGCCUUGUAAAUCCUGUGAACUUCCGGGAACAUUCUUUCCCACAGCUAGCCACAUCUUGUGAUGUAAAUACCGAGCUGCCAGUUUGCAGCUGCGUCACACUCAUAUUCCAACAUACACCACUCCUCCAUAGAUACGCUCUGUGCUUAUACACUGAUAUUCACAAACUUUACGCUCCUCUUGUGAGAAGAUACCUAAAGGAUUAGGGUAGCUUGAGAGAAGUAGCUUAUUUUGUUGUUGUUUUUAAAUGAUAUUGUACAUUAUUAACAUUUCAAAAGAAAAAGAUCACAUCAAUAAAAAAAUUAACAAUAAAAAGGAAAGAUACAAAAUACAAAGUACAAAAAAGAAAAAACAGCCAAAAACAAUUCCAUCUUUUCAUCACUUCUUUUACAUUUACUUGUUUCCCGGACCUCCUCAUACCACCCUCUUUUGUAUUCCAAUUCAGUUUGUUAGUCCAGCAAUUCCUUUCCCUCCUUUUUAAUCUUGAUCUUUAAUCUUAAUAUAUUAUAACAUUAAAUUUUUACCUAUUAAAAACCAAUUUUUCCAUAUUCUUUUAUACCAUUACCGCUAGAAACCGCUUAACUUCAAUCCGUCAUCAUUCUAACAUUCAUUAAUUUUACAAUAUUUCUGUAAGUAGUCUUUAAAUUUCUUCCAAUCUUCUUCCACCGACUCUUCUCCCUGGUCUCGGAUUCUGCCAGUCAUUUCCGCCAGUUCCAUAUAGUCCAUCAUUUUCAUCUGCCAUUCCUCCAGUGUGGGUAGAUCUUGUGUCUUCCAAUGCUUUGCAAUAAGUAUUCUUGCUGCUGUUGUAGCAUACAUAAAGAAAGUUCUGUCCUUCUUUAACACUGAUUGGUCGACUAUGCCCAGGAGAAAGGCCUCUGGUUUCUUCAGGAAGGUAUAUUUAAAUACCUUUUCAGUUCAUUAUAUAUCAUUUCCGAGAAAGCCUUAAUCUUUGGGCACGUCCACCAAAGGUGAAGAAUGUACCUUCAGUUUCUUUACAUUUCCAGCAUUUAUUAUCGGGCAAAUGAUAGAUUUUUGCAAGCUUGACUGGGGUCAUGUACCACCCGUAUAUCAUUUUCAUAAUAUUCUCUCUUAAGGCAUUACAUGCCGUAAACUUCAUACUUGUGGUCCAUAACUGUUCCCAGUCAGCAAACAUAAUGUUAUGUCCAACAUCUUGUGCCCAUUUAAUCAUAGCAGAUUUCACCGUUUCAUCCUGAGUAUUCCAUUUCAACAGCAAGUUAUACAUCUUUGACAAAAUCUUAGUUUAGGGUUCUAACAGUUCUGUUUCUAAUUUUGAUUUUUCCACCUGGAAGCCAAUUUUCUUGUCCAAAUUGUAUGCCUCCAUUAUCUGAUAAUAAUGAAGCCAGUCUCGCACUUUGUUUUUUAGUUUUUCAAAACUCUGCAGUUUCAAUCUAUCUCCAGAGAAGUAGCUUAUUUUGAGACAGCACCCAUUUCCAAUUCUUGUUUAUGAAAACCCUCUUCCUAGUUGGUUUUGUUUUGGCUUCUGACAGGACAUCAGAGCAUUUGAUAACCUUGCAUAUCGUUUCAUAUUGAUAUAAGGAUCUGGUGUGCAAAUUCCAGUACAGUGGUACCUCAGGUUACAUACGCUUCAGUUACAUACGCUUCAGCUUACAGACUUCUUACUUACAAGAAAGAAGAUUCCACCUCAACAUUAGGAAGAACUUCCUGACAGUAAGAGCUGUUCCACAGUGGAAUUUGCUGCCAAGGAGUGUGGUGGAGUCUCCUCCUUUGGAGGUCUUUAAGCAGAGGCUUGACAACCAUAUGUCAGGAGUGCUCUGAUGGUGUUUCCUGCUUGGCAGGGGGUUGGACUCGAUGGCCCUUGUGGUCUCUUCCAACUCUAUGAUUCUAUGAUUCUAUGACUCCGCUAACCUAGAAAUAGUACCUCGUUUUAAGAACUUUGCUUCAGGAUGAGAACAGAAAUCGUGCUCUGGUGGUGCGGCGGCAGCGGGAGGCCCCAUUAGCUAAAGUGGCGGUUCAGGUUAAGAACAGUUUCAGGUUAAGAACGGACAUCUGAGAACGAAUUAGUGUUCUGUCUGGACCCAGAGCAUGAGCUACUCUUAAGUAAGUUAAAAAGUAUUUUUAAGUCAACUUUUUAAUAUUGCACUAUUUUAAUUUUUUUUAACAUUUUUGCUCUUCUUUGUACUUAUAGACGUCCUUUUGCCAUGUGGACGAAUCAAACCUCCUUUAUUGAUUUAUUUUUAAUGGUAUGGAAAGAGAAAUUGUUGUAUUAUCUGGUGCUACAGACUCUGCUAGAUUUUAUUCAGAAGGUUUUACAAGUUCCUAUCAGGAUGGUAAGAAUUUUAUUACAGUCAGCCAAAAAGGAUUUUAAGUGUUCCAUGUCCUCUGUUAGUACUACAAGCCACCCAAAGACUGAUAAUCCCUCUUUUGUCCCAGAAGUUUGGGAGUAGCAGUCUUUUAUACUUGCUUUAAUUUUGAAUUUUGCUUUCAGAUUAGUUCCUCUACUUGUUUAGCCUGAAUUUGGCCUUGAGUCGCUUGAGCUCCUGGUCUCAGUGCCAGAGAUGACUUAGCAGUUGAGCUGCCUGGGCCCAAAACCUCUUUCUGCUCAUCCUUAGAGCUGCUGAGAGAUCCUAUAAGGUCAGUAAUAGGAUCUGGCUCCUGCUGUUUCUUAGCCACCUCCUCGUUUUCUUAUUCACGUAAAAUGGAGUAAUUUUUGCUUGUGCUUUCUUUAGAGAAGCUCUCUUUGGAGGAGGGUCUGUGGCACUCGGGAGAGAACAUACAUUUUGUAACUACUCUGGGUCAACACUGUCUUUCCCCUUAAUUCCUCAUCAAGUUUCCUGAUUCCAGUUAUACCUUAUGCCUUAUACCAUUUUCUAAAAUUCUGUGAUUAUCCUUGCUGUGAUUUAUUGAAUGGAAACUGAGACAGGUUUUCCAGGUGAAGCUUUUUCCAAACACUCCCCUGUAUGAAGUAUCUCAUGGGAAUUGAGAAUGGAGCUGCGAAGGAAGCUUUCCUCACGUUUCAAGCACUAAUUUCUUCCCCCCGUUAGUUCUUUCAUGUGAAGUGAGGCUCUCCUUCUGAACGAAGAGCUUUCCUUGAUGGGAAGUGGACUGGGAGCUCCGACUAAAGUUCUCUCCACACUCUGAAUAUUUAUAUGGUUUCUCCAUUGUGUGGAUUUUUCUUGUUGUCUCCCUUCUUCUUCCUUUCCAAUUCACCACCUACAACCUACAAUCUACUGUGAUAUGGCAGUAUUAUUAUGAUGAUGUUUAGGCUGAGGAAGAAAUUGAGAAGCUCCCCUCUGGAGUUCGUAAAGGGUAGAUAUUCCUGGUGCCCUUAAGCCUGCUGUUCCGCCAGGGAAGCGGGGCUGCGUCCAAAGCAUGGAAUGGUGGAAGUACUCAGGGAAGGGAGCAGAAAGCGAGGGAAGCAUUAGGCCCCCAUUUCUAGGAAGGGGAACAUCGGCCUGAAGGGAGCAGCUGCUUUUGGGCAAGAGCAGAGGCCAUGUUGGGUCAGGGCAACUGGUCCUUCUAGCCAUCUUGGAUGAGGGCAACUUUGUGCCUGUCUGUUAUAUACACAUACAUAUCUAUCAUCUUUCAUCUACCUACCUACCAACAUACAUAGAUAUAUAGAUAUAUUGUUACCGGAAAAAUCCAAGGGCUCCCUUGGACAAAAAGUAAAGACACCAACCAGAGUAAACUGGAGCAAAUCAGCAGCCUGUAGGCUUGGCCUUUAUUGUUUUUGUUUUUUUUAAAUGAUUUUUAUUAAGGUUUCAGUAAAAAGUUAAACAGAAAAACAUAAAAAAGAAAUACACACAUACACAAUACAUUAUCCAAAAAAAGAAGAAAAACACAGAGAACAGAAAACAAAAAAAGAAACAGAACAAUUAAAAACAAUAACCUUUUCAUUUCCGUUUUUGAAUUUACUUAUUUUCUGGACUUCCUCAUACCUCCCUCUUUUGUAUUCCAGUCCAAAUUCUUUGUCCAGCAAUUUCUUUUCCACUUUUUUAAUCCCAAUCUUUAAUCUUAAUGUAAUAUAGCAUUAAAAUUUUACCUCUUAAGUACCCAAUUUCCAUUUCCUUAAACUUCUUUAAUCCUAAUCUUUAAUCUUAGUCUAUCUAUAGCUUUAUCCUGUACAGCUGGAAACCACUUAUUUUCAAUCCAACAUCACUCUAACAUUCUUUAUAGGCUUGGCCUUUAUUGAACUGUUGCAACAGGGUGUUCCCCUCACUUGCAGGAGAGAGAAAGGACACAGAAAAAUGGUGUGCAAGGCCUUAUAAAAACUUUUGAAAUUCCCACCCUGUAGGUCAAGCCCACCCCCAGAAACAUCACGCAUACAUCACAGAAAGGAGGGGUUGAGGGAGGAGUUGUGGUGGUAACCUGAGUGUCCUGUCACCUGGCUGGUUCCCCCUUUCCCCCUCCCCAUGAGUACUUUCCAGGAGACAAAGGGGCGUUUGCAGGUUCCUGCCCCCAGAGGGAAGAUCUGAUCAUUGUCCUUUGUUCCAGUCUGUGCUGAAUCCACUCCCACAUGCAAGUUCUUUGUGAUCUUGAUGGUCUUCUGUCUAGGACCAUCAGGGUUGCCAUAGCAACUGGGCAGGGCUCCUGUGGAUGUGCUGGGAUGCUGAAGGGAUGAUGGCUGCCCCGUAUCAAACCUUCCCCAUUUUGUAGUCCUUCCUUCAUGGAGUAAAAUAAAAGUGGAACAGUGCAGAUCCGAUGUAUGGUGGAUUUUCUAUGAAUUUAUAACAGAAGUGUAGCGUAUGUCGUGUGUGUGUGUGUGUGUGUGUGCGCGCAACCCGAAUGAGUGGGGGGGGUUUCCUGCUACAAUACACACCCCUGGCUCUCGUUUGGAGGAGGAGUGAGAGGCGGAGGCACUUUACUGACAGAAUGGCAUUUCCAUGGCACCUCCUUUCCUCCCAGGAGCUCCUCCUUCCACAACAACCCUGCCAGGCUGGCCUCUUGCAUGUCGCCCCCUUUCCAGCAGGCGAAGCUGCAGGGGCCACUCACUUCCUGCCCCUCCAAAAAUGGAGGAGGCCUUUGACCCUGGAUGAGCCUGAGAGGAGCCUUGAGGGGGCAGAGAGGGCUCUUGCCCCUUCCCAGACUUUUCCGCCAUCCAUUUAUUAGUACUAAACAUUAGGCCUUGCGGGGCUCUGACACCCAGCAGUUAUGCUGAAGAUUUUCAAACCCUAAGAGUUUAAAAUAGAUAGAUGGAUAAUUGAGAGACGUAGAUGAUCUCUAGAUAGAUGGCAGCUGCCGGAUGCCCCCCUUGGUUGGGCCUGUGAUGGACAGCAGAGCCAGGCCAGUCAGCGGACUUAGUCCCUCAGAAAUUUCCUGGAGCCGCGCUCUGAUUGGCUGCCAAGCCAGCGGGGGGCGGAGCCAGCCCUUUUGGCGGGAAAAGGCAAGGCGCCUUUUCUGAGGGGGGAGCUUGGAGGGGAAGGUGGGGAGGAGAGGAAGAGGAGUCAGGCGGGAGUUGAAGGGGAGAAGCUGGGGGGAGGGAAGGGAGACCCCCAAGAAGGAGGGCUGAGGGGACCCCCUGGGUGUGGGGGGCGGACUGAGGGGGGGCGGAGGGAGACCCCCAAGAAGGAGGGCUGAGGGGACCCCUGGAGUGUGGGGGCGGACUGAGAGGGGGGCGGAGGGAGACCCCAAGAAGGAGGGCUGAGGGGACCCCUGAGUGUGGGGGCGGACUGAGAGGGGGGGCGGAGGGAGACCCCCAAGAAGGAGGGCUGAGGGGACCGCCUGGGUGUGGGGGGCGGACUCAGGGGGGGAGGGAAGGGAGACCCCCAAGAAGGAGGGCUGAUGGGACCCCUUGGUUUGGGGGGCAGUCUGAGAUGGGGGAUGGAAUGGAGACCCCCAAGAAGGAGGGCUGAGGGGACCCACUGGGUGUGGGGGUGGACUGAGGGGGCGGGAAGGAAGACCCCCAAGAAGGAGGGCUGAGGGGACCCCCUGGGUGUGGGGGGCGGACUGAGGGGGGGGACCGGAGGGAGACCCCCAAGAAGGAGGGCUGAGGGGACCACCUGGGUGUGGGGGCGGACUGAGGGGGGACCGGAGGAGACCCCCAAGAAGGAGGGCUGAGGGGACCCCUGGGUGUGGGGGCGGACUGAGAGGGGGAGCGGAGGGAGACCCCAAGAAGGAGGGCUGAGGGGACCCCUGGGUGUGGGGGGCGGACUGAGGGGGAGUGGAGGAGACCCCAAGAAGGAGGGCUGAGGGGACCCCCUGGGUGUGGGGGGCGGACUGAGGGGGGAAGGGAAGGGAGACCCCCAAGAAGGAGGGCUGAGGGGACCCCUGGGUGUGGGGGCGGACUGAGGGGGGAGUGGAGGGAGACCCCCAAGAAGGAGGGCUGAGGGGACCCCCUGGGUGUGGGUGGCGGACUGAGGGGGAAGGGAAGGAGACCCCCAAGAAGGAGGGCUGCGGGGACCCCCUGGGUGUGGGGGUGGACUGAGGGGGGGAGGGAAGGGAGACCCCCAAGAAGGAGGGCUGAGGGGACCCCCUGGGUGUGGGGGGCGGACUGAGGGGGGAGGGAAGGGAGACCCCCAAGAAGGAGGGCUGAGGGGACCCCCUGGGUGUGGGGGGCGGACUGAGGGGGGGAGGGAAGGGAGACCCCCAAGAAGGAGGGCUGAGGGGACCCCCUGGGUGUGGGGGGUGGACUGUGGGGGGGAAGGGAAGGGAGAGCCCCCAGAAGGAGGGCUGAGGGGACCCCCUGGGUGUGGGGGCGGACUGAGAGGGGAGGGAAGGGAGACCCCAAGAAGGAGGGCUGAGGGGACCCCUGGGUGUGGGAAGCGGACUGGGGGGGGAGGGAAGGGAGACCCCCAAGAAGGAGGGCUGAGGGGACCCCUGGGUGUGGGGGGCGGACUGAGGGGGGGAGGGAAGGGAGACCCCCAAGAAGGAGGGCUGAGGGGACCCCCUGGGUGUGGGGGGCGGACUGAGAGGGGGGCGGAGGGAGACCCCCAAGAAGGAGGGCUGAGGGGACCCCCUGGGUGUGGGGGGCGGACUGAGGGGGGGCGGAGGGAGACCCCCAAGAAGGAGGGUAAGGGGACCCCCUGGGUGUGGGGGGCGGACUGAGGGGGGGAGGGAAGGGAGACCCCCAAGAAGGAGGGCUGAGGGGACCCCCUGGGUGUGGGGGGCGGACAGAGAGGGGGGGGCGGAGGGAGCCCCUAAGCGCAGGCGCGGGGAGAGGGAGGGCUGGGCUUGCAAGGGUUAAGAGGAGCAGAGCUGGAGUCCUAGAGAGGACGGGAAGUGGAGGGGGAGUGAAGGUCCUCCAGGGCUAAAUCCCCCCUCCCCCUCCCUCCCUGCCUUCUUCUUCUCUCUCCUUUGCAAAAGCCCCUCCUGGACUCGGGUGAGUCUCCUCUCUCCUCCCCCUGAGGGUGCAAUGGGGAGAAGGGGGUCCCAGGGGGGCAGGGAGGGGGCAUGGGGGUCCCUGCUCAGAUCAUGCCUGGGGGGGGGGAGACCCCCAAGUCAGGGAGCAGAGGGUCCUCCCUUGUCCUCUCUGCCAAGCCAGGGAGGGGCCACUUCGCAGGAAAUAUGCAGCUCUGCUCUUCCUUGGGAUCCAGAUGCUGCCUUCCUUUUGGGGGAGGGGGCUCUGGGUCAAGGAAAUAAACCCCCUUCAGAGGGAGGGAUAAGUCACAUUUGUGAACAGAGGAUGUAGACAGAACAUUCCCACAUGGGGGGAGCACAGGGAGAAGAAAAGCCCGCCUGCAUCUGUAGCAGCACAACUGGACCACUUCCUCUGUCCCAGAUGCAACAACACACGUCUCUCCCCCAUCAUUUAAAUACACAACAAAAUUGUUCCAUUAAGAUACUGAAAUAAGCAUGAAGGAAAAGAAUAAUGUUAAAACAAUGCAGCUAUUAAGAGGCAGAAAAGAACAGAGCAAUGUGUAGAAAAAUAUCAUCUUUCUUCUCCCUUUUUCUCUUAGGGUCCAGUGUGCUUUGAAGACGUAGCUGUUCCUUUCACAGAGGAGGACUGGGCUUUGCUGGAUCCUGACCAGAGAGCUCUGCAGAAGCAAGUCAAGGAGGAGAAUCCUGGGAUCGUGGCCUCUCUGGUAAGGCUCCCUGCUGGAUCAUAAGAUCAGUUUUGAAAUUCCAUACAGAUCUCUGAAGGACAAACCUCCUCUAUUUUGAGGGAGCCCAAUAGCGCCACCUACAGCAUCUGAGAUGUUAACACACCCACAACUCUCCAUAGGAGAUGUAUCUCCUGUUCUGUCUGGGAAUAUUCUUCCACCAGUCCUGCCUUUUCCAACCAUGAGGAGGCUGCUCUGAGCUGCCCAGGCCUUCUUCAAUGUAGGCUUCAGAGAUCUCAGGGAUGUGGAGGAACAUCCUGUCAAAUUUUCUGUUUCCCUUUCUGCAUCUCUCUGUUUUUGGUUGAGCAAAGAAAUGACUGAGCUUGGAGAUGGAGCGGAUUCCACGACUGAGCCAAAUUAAAUCCAUCCCUGGAACGAGCCAGGCUUUUCGAAUCUCCAGUUCCCAUAAAUAAGUUAGGUAAUACCAGCCAAAAAAGGCAGUAACUCCCUUCCCUUCUUCCUCUUUCACAAACAUUCAUUUGCAUUCUUCAGUCAUUUCAGCCUCAAUUUCUUCCUCAGGCUAGGAUUAUGAUUAUGAUUAUGAUUAUUAAUGAUAUCAGGAAACAUGAUGAGGAAUUAAGGGGAAAGACAGUGUUGACCCAGAGUAGUUACAAAAUGUAUGUUCUCUCCCCAAGUGCCACAGACCCACCUCCAAAGAGAGCUUCUCUGAAGAAAGCACAAGCAAAAAUCACUCCAUUUUACGUGAAUAAGGAAAAUGAGGAGGUGGCUAAGAAACAGCAGGAGCCAGAUCCUAUUACUGACCUUAUAGGAUCUCUCAGCAGCUCUAAGGAUGAGCAGAAAGAGGUUUUGGGCCCAGGCAGCUCAACUGCUAAGUCAUCUCUGGCACUGAGACCAGGAGCUCAAGCGACUCAAGGCCAAAGUCAGGCUAAACAAGUAGAGGAACUAAUGAGAAAGAAAAUUUCAGAACUAUCCUCAGGAAAUGCUAAUACAAGGAUAAAAGACUCCUUCUCCCAAGCCUCUGGUGCAAAUGAGGAAUUAUCAGUCAUUGGGUGACUUGUACUACUAACAAGGGACAUAGAAUGCAUAAAAUCCUUUUUGGCUGACUGUAAUAAAAUUCUUACCAUCCUGAUAGGUACUUGUAAAACCUUCUGGAAUAAAAUCUGGCAGAGUCUGUGGAACCAGAUAAUACAACAAUAUCUCUUUCCCUACCAUUAAAAAUAGAUCAAUAAGGGAGGUUUAAUUCGUCCACAUGGCAAAAGGAGGUCUAUAAGUACAAAGAAGAGCAAAAAUGUUAAAAAAAUUAAAAUCGUGCAAUAUUAAAAAGUUGACUUAAAAAUACCUUUUAACUUACUUAAGAGUAGCUCAUGCUCUGGGUCCAGACAGAACACUUAAGAAGCUUGUACUGUACAGUGGUACCUUGGGUUAAGUACAUAAUUCGUUCCAGAGGUCCAUUCUUAACCUGGAAGACCACUUUAGCUAAUGGGGCCUCCUGCUGCUGACGCGCCGCCGGAGCAUGAUUUCUUUUCUCAUCCUGAAGCAAAGUUCUUAACCCGAGGUACUAUUUCUAGGUUAGCGGAGUCUGUAAGCUGAAACGUAUAUAACCUGAAGCCUAUGUAACCCGAGGUACCACUGUACUGGAAUUUGCACACCAGAUCCUUAUAUCAAUAUGAAACGAUAUGCAAGGUUAUCAAAUGCUCUGCUGUCCUGUCAGAAGCCAAAAUCAAACCAGGGAGAGGGUUUUGAUAAACAAGAAUUGGAAAUGGGUGCUGUCUCAAAAUAAGCUACUUCUCUCAAGCUACCAUAAGCCUUUGGGAAUCUUGUCACAAGAGGAGUGUAAAGUUUGUGAACAUAGUGCAUAAGCACAGAGAAUAUCUAAGGAGGAGUGGUGUAUCAGUCUGAAGAUUAUUCAAAAAUGUGGCAUCACCAGCUCCUCUGCUUCCACAUACAGCAACACCUCCAAAAAGUCCUCAGUUCAAGGCAGACUAUCCUGCUUUAGUUGACAUAUACUCUGCAGGUGACAAUCCUGACUAGCCAGCUGACCUGGACCCCAAGGAACCCCAUAACUCAGACAGCCCUGGGUCCUUGCACUUGAGAAAUCUAGGGAAGGACCUACUUGACAGAACUGAAAAGAAUUGAUUGCAUGUCUUCUGUGCUCUGCCGUAAGAAGCCCAGAAUGAAAUAUUCCCCAGAUUUGACCUCUGACGUUCCUGCCUAAUAAGUUUGAAGGAAGGAACACAAGGGCUCAUGCAAGCAGAACUUGACCCUUUGUGCUCCAGAUCCAGCCCACCAGAUAUUCCAGCAUGAGUUGAAUUUAUGGGCUGAAAAGCCACCUCCUCCCACCAGCAGGUUAAUGAACCCUCUUUCCUACCAAUUGGAGAUGAAGAGCUUCCCCAAAGAUUUGGUCCACAUGCAAGAGGCAAAUAUGGCCAAAACAUCUGCGUCAACAGGACUCUCCGUAGAAAGCACCAAGCAUGGGGCCACUUACAGGUAUUAGCUACUCAUCUGUUUUCUGCCCAUGCUCUGGGGUUGCAGUUUUCAGGCUCAGGGACAGGAUGGUAACUCGUUUUGGCACCAAGUUCUGUUCAUAAGCCCCAAUGAGUUCAAUGGGAUCAACUCUCAGGUCACUAUUGUGCAGACCCUGCCAUCCUUACGAAGUGGGGUGAUUAGCAAACGGGAAACUGCAAGCACUGGAGAUGUUUACAAAUGGGGCUUCUGAUGAGAAGGGGCUGCCCCACUUGUUCUUCUCCAGAGGCAGGAGAAUAUCUAGGGCAGGAGAAUCCCUGCAGGGCCUCUGAGGCUCCCUUUGCUUCUUCCUCUCUCCCAGGACCCUGCAGCUUCUUCUGGCUCCUUGACUCCUCAGGAAGGAUGAAAGAGACGCAUCCUGCAAAGCUAGCAAGGAUGGAAGGGGGAAGAUGGACGGUUGACCUGGUCAGGUUGUCUCCUGCAUCCCUCCUCUCAACCUCUGAGCGUUCCCUCCCAGGGACCUCCGAGAGAUCUGGUGAGUCCCAGAGGAGUGGAGAUGGGGACAUGGAGGGAUGGAUGGAGGGUGGAAGAGGGGAAGCUCUCUGGCCAGAAAUGAGAUAAAGCAGGGAUUUUACUGUGGAAGCUGUGGAUGGGGCCCCCAACAUUGGGAGGCUUCCCUCCAGCCAGAAAAUCCCUGCAGGGCCUCUGAGGCUCCCUUUGCUUCUUCCUCUCUCCCAGGACCCUGCAGCUUCUUUUGGCUCCUUGACUCCUCAGAAAAAUGUUGGCUUUUUGCAGUAUGGUAGCGCUGCAGAGAGCUUGCUGGGGAGACCAUGCAUUAAAAAGGGACUCAAAAAUAACUUCAACAAGGUUUUAAUAACAAAAACAAAAACUCCUUUUACACUAAAUACAUCAACAAAACAAACCAGACCCAACCACCAACCCAUCCCCCAGGGUAAUGGGAGAGCUAGGUGCAGCUCCUUAUAUACUACACCCAAUUGCCAACACGGCUUAAUCAAUACAACUCAGCAGCACCUGCUAUGUUUCACAGCUGUAAAGCUGGGUCUCGUUAUCUUGCUCUGGCCCCUUAAAGACAUACACAUCGGGUGGAACAAUGAUGAACCUUUACAUAUAAAGAAACCAUUCAACAGAAGGAUGAAAGAGACGGAUCCUGCAAAGCUAGCAAGGAUGGAAGGGGGAAGUUGGACGGUUGACCUGGUCAGGUUGUCUCCUGCAUCCCUCCCCACAACCUCUGAGCGUUCCCUCCCAGGGACCUCCGAGAGAUCUGGUGAGUCCCAGGGGAGGGGAGAUGGGGACCUGGAUGGAUGGAGCCAGAGAGGAAUUGGGGCUUGCUCAGCUUGGGGGUGGGGGGAGGCAGGCAGGCAGAUGGAGAUGGAGAAGGGGAGCACCUUUUUGGGCUCCCCCGCCUGCCUCCCUGCCUGCCUGCGCCUUUGUCAUCUGCAGGCAAUUUGAGCUAGGAAUAGAUCACAGCUCCCCAGCCACCGCGAUGUACAGUGGUGCCCCGCAAGACGAAUGCCUCGCAAGACGGAAAACCCGCUAGACGAAAGGGUUUUCCGUUUUGAGUUGCUUCGCAGGACGAAUUUCCCUAUGGGCUUGCUUCGCAAGACGAAAAUGUCUUGCGAGUCUUGAGAUUUUUUUUUCGCUUUCCCCCCCUUUAUCUAAGCCGCUAAGCCUUUAAUAGCCUUUUAGCAGCUAAUCUGCUAAGCCGAUAAGCCUUUAAUAGCCGCUAAACCGCUAAUAGCGCUAAUCCGUUAAGCCGCUAAUAGGGUUGCUUCGCAAGACGAAAAAACCGCUAGACGAAGACACUCGCGGAACGUAUUAAUUUCGUCUUGCGAAGCACCACUGUAUUAGCAGCUCAAAAUGUCUAAAACCAGUUCUAUGAUCUGAAUGCCCUGCCAAUGUCAGACACUGAUCCGUCGCGCAGCACUAGAACCCACGACUCUUUUUUUAAAAAAAUUGGUUUUCACAUAUUGCAUUACAAUACAGAUGUACCAAAGCCAACACCAUUUCCUCCCCAUCCCCCCAUACAUUUACAUUUCUAUUUCCUCAAUCCAUCAUAUUAUCCUUUUCUCCAUCCUCAAACAUCCCUCCGCCCCCAUUGCGCAGCACUAGAAGCCACGAGUCUUUAAAGGAACCUGAUCCUGCUUUGCAGAUUGAACGCAGAUGAGGCCUCCAUGUAUUGCUUUUUUCUUUUCUUUUUGGAAUAACUUUUUAUUUGCUUUUAAAAACAAGGAACAUAGGAAUAAUAAAACAUGUAGACCAAGCCUUCUCAUGUCAUUUCUAUGUAAAAUAGCAGAAUAAAUUUGCCGGAAUAUCUAUAACAUAUAGUUUAUCAUUAGUGGUCAGUGUAUGAGUUCUGGGUCCAUGAAUUGCUUUCAACUGAAACAAAAAAAAAGGGGAAACAGGAGAGCACAGAGAACAUUCAACAUUGCAGAGCCAAAUGCCUAGACUGAAGCUAUUGUGGCCGUUGUGCUUAGAUUAAGUGAGUAAUAGUCAUUUUUCCUCUUCUGUUACCAAUGAAACAAGACAGAGUUGGUCUCAUCAUGAAAAUGGGAGGGAGGGGGUUCAAAGUGAAGAAAGAGAUUUACGUAUAAAUUUAAAUUUAGACCAACCAGAUUGAGAUAACUUCUGAUGGGGAGUGUUCAGGUGAAGAUGUUGCUGUUUGUUUCACAGACGAGGCGUGGACGUUGCUGGAUGCUGACCAGAGAGCUCAGCAUAAAGAAUAAUAAUAAUUAUUAUUAUUAUUAUUAUUAUUAUUAUUAUUUAUUUAUACCCCGCCCAUCUGGCUGGGUUUCCCCAGCCACUCUGGGCGGCUUCCAAAAAAAAUAUUAAAAUACUGUACUACAUCAAACAUUAAAAGCCUCCCUAAACAGGGCCGCCUUCAGAUGUCCUCUAAAAGUCUGGUAGUUGUUGCUCUCUUUGACAUCUGGUGGGAGGGCAUUCCACAGGGAGGGCGCCACUACCGAGAAGGCCCUCUGCCUGGUUCCCUGUAACUUGGCUUCUCGCAGUGAGGGAACUGCCAGAAGGCCCUCGGUGCUGGACCUCAGUGUCCGGGCAGAAGAAUGGGGGUGGAGAAGCUCCUUCAGGUAUACUGGACCAAGGCCGUUUAGGGCUUUAAAGGUCAGCAGCAACACUUUGAAUUGUGCUCGGAAACGUAUUGGGAGCCAAUGUAGGUCUUUCAAGACCGGUGUUAUAUGGUCUCGGCGGCUGCUCCCAGUCACCAGUCUAGCUGCCGCAUUCUGGAUUAGUUGUAGUUUCCGGGUCACCUUCAAAGGUAGCCCCACGUAGAGCACAUUGCAGUAGUGCAAGCGGGAGAUAACCAGAGCAUGCACCACUCUGGCGAGGCAGUCCGCGGGCAGGUAGGGUCUCAGCCUGCGUACCAGAUGGAGCUGGUCAACAGCUGCCCUGGACACAGAUUUGACCUGUGGCUCCAUGGACAGCUGUGAGUCCAAAAUGACUCCCAGGCUGCGUACCUGGUCCUUCAGGGGCACAGUUACCCCAUUCAGGACCAGGGAAUCCUCCACACCUGCCCAGCUCCUGUCCCCCAAAAAGUACUUCUGUCUUGUCAGGAUUCAACCUCAAUCUGUUAGCCGCCAUCCAUCCUCCAACCGCCUCCAGACACUCACACAGGACCUUCACCGCCUUCACUGGUUUUGAUUUAAAAGAGAGGUAGAGCUGGGUAUCAUCCGCAUACUGAUGAACACCCAGCCCAAACCCCCUGAUGAUCUCUCCCAGCGGCUGCAUGUAGACGUUGAAAAGCAUGGGGGAGAGGACAGAACCCUGAGGCACCCCACAAGUGAGAGCCCAGGGGUCUGAACACUCACCCCCCCCCAUUUUCUGAACACGGCCCAGGAGGAAGGAGUGGAACCACUGUAUGACAGUGCCCCCAGCUCCCAGCCCCUCUAGACGGUCCAGAAGGAUGUUAUGGUCGAUGGUAUCAAACGCCGCUGAGAGAUCCAGCAGAACUAGGAAACAGCUCUCACCUUUGUCCCUAGCCGGCCGGAGAUCAUCAACCAGUGCGACCAAGGCAGUUUCAGUCCCAUGAUGAGGCCUGAAUCCCGACUGGAAGGGAUCCAAAUGGUCUGCUUCUUCCAGGCGUGCCUGGAGUUGUUCAGCAACCACUCGCUCAAUCACCUUGCCCAAGAAUGGAAGAUUUGAGACUGGGCGAUAGUUGGCCAUCAUGGCCGCAUCUAAAGAUGGUUUUUUAAGAAGCGGUUUACUAACCGCCUCUUUCAGCGGGUCUGGGAAGGCUCCCUCAUGGAGGGAAGCAUUCGCCACCCUGCGAAGCCCAUCGCCCAGCCCUUCCCGGCUAGCUUUUAUUAGCCAGGAUGGGCAAGGAUCAAGGAGACAGGUGGUUGGUUUCACUCGUCCAAGCAGCCUGUCCACAUCCUCAGAGGUAACAGAUUGGAAUUGAUCCCACACAAUUUGACUAGACAGGACUCUAGCACUCUCUCACUCCGGCCCUGUUCCCAUGGGGGAGUCUACCUCUUCCCGAAUCUGAGCGACUUUAUCUGCAAAAAACUUUGCAAAAUCAUUGCAGGAGAUCAUGUGGCCCAUACUGGGCCCCGAUGUAGCAGGUGGUUCCGCUAAAUUGCGAACCACCUGAAAAAGUCUCCUGCUGCUGUUUUCUGCAGAUGCAAUAGAGGCGGUGAAGAAAGUCUUCUUCGCCGUCGCUACCGCCACUUGGUAGGCUCGACAUUGAGCUCUAACCCGUUUCUGGUCAGCUUCAGAGUGAGUUAUCCGCCACCGGCGCUCUGGCCGUCUCAACGAUUGUUUCAUUGCCCUCAGAUCCGUGGAAAACCACGGGGCUGUCCGGGCUCCAUGCAAUCGGAGAGGGCGCUUCGGAGCCAAACAGUCAAUAGCCCUGGUUAACUCCACAUUCCAGCGGGCCACCAGGGAAUCAGCUGAAAGGCCAUCAACUUGGGAUAAAACUGUUGGAAAACUAGCCCCUUUCAGGAGAGGCUGGCAACUCUCCCAGACUCCCAGGCUGUUUACCUGUUGAUCUACUCUGGCUGCCAUCCCAGACAGUCCAGGCAGACCUUGAUAGGCGACAUUUCCCAGCGUGGAAAAUCCCCUUCGCAGGGGAAAGAAGAAUAGUCAGAAAGUCCUUUUUACAUCUUGUUUAUUUCUGACGUUACAGCUCUACAGAAAACGUGUCCGAUCGCUUCAGUCUCCUUCUAGCAAGUGGCAAAGACUUCCUUUACAAACGCAACAGGAAGGUCUCAUAUUACACACAGAACACAGCUUUGAGUAGCCUGUGAACUUCCGGGAAGAUUCUUUCCCACAGCUAGCCACAUCACAUGAUGUCAACAUCAAGCUAGCAGUUUGCAGCUGUGUUGUAUCCAUAUCGUAACAAAAACAUCCCCUACCACUCUCUGGAAGCCAAUUGGAUCCAUUAAGUGGCGGGGGCGGACCAUCCGAAUCGGUCCCACCUCCCUGCAGAGGGGAAGGGUCGCGGAGAAGUCCAGUUGCACCAGGAAGUGAUCUGACCAUGGCACUUCUUUUGUUUCGCUUUUAGUUAGUGUCAGAUCACCAACAUCCGUAGAGGUAAACACCAAGUCUAAGGCAUGUGCACGGCUAUGAGUUGGGCCAAACUUUUCAGGGACAGCCCCAUGGAGGCCAUGCUUUCCACGAAGUCCCGAGCGGCCCCUUGUAAGGUCGUGUCGGCAUGGAUGUUAAAAUCCCCAGGACAACCAAACUAGGUGUCUCCAGGAGCAUAUCCGCCACGACCUGAAGCAGCUCGGGCAGGGAAUCCUUGUUGCAGCGGGGAGGUCGGUACACCAAAAGGAAUCCUGUACUGCCCCUAUUGCCCAACUUCCAGAACAUGCACUCAGAGAACUGAGUCUUCCCAAUAGGACGCUUGGUGCAGACUGUUAGGAUAUUUCCGUUCCACCUUAAAAGGGAGCAGGCUUUGUGAGUCAGAGUCUGCGUAUUUCCUGUUCACAGGAUGUUUAUGUUUUCUGUUGCUUUCGUUUUCUCUGGUGUCGCAGACACUAAAGCAGUCAGUCAUGUUUUUCUGUGUUCUGAUCAACGCUGAAUAAACUUGUAAAUAAUGCUCUCCUGAUUGCAACUUUUGGCUGUGCUAUCUGCUGAUAAGAGUGUGCAUGAGCUCUGGAAUGUGGCAAGAAAUCUUCGAGAAACUCAUGUCGCUAAUUGUUGAUACUGCGUGACUACGGGAGGUCGAUGGAUCGUCCGGCAGACGGCUUGGGGGCCAUGAUGGACUUUAUCUCCCUGGCAGUAUCCCAACACAGACUAAUGACUUCCUAAAAAUCACUGCCCCCCCCCGCCCACAAGGCCUGGAUUGCUGUGCGUAAGAGAAACCUAGUGGACAAGCAGCGGCAAGGACAGGCCCAUCUGCUUCAUCCAACCAAGUCUCUGUUACACAUGCCAGGUCAAGUCCUCCAUCCAUGAUCAAGUCAUGGAUGGCAGUGGUUUUAUGAAUCAUUGACCUGGCAUUGCACAGCAGCACCUUCAGGUCAUGUGGGUAUCCCUUGCUGAUUCUAGUAUCCAUCCGGUCAGGACCAGACCCGGAGGCAGGGAUAGUCCUCAGACAACGACUACACCUGCCUCCUCUAACGACAUGGUCUGGUCUUAGUGUAACUCCUCCUCCUACCCGUGAUCACUGAGAUCGGUUGUCCCAGUGCAUCGCCCCCUGUGGAACAUGCUCCAGCCAUUUUGUUGGCUGGGACCCACUCCCCGGCAGCCCUGACCCCUCCCCUUAAGAACAAAAUAAAACCUUUUAAAAACAAUAAAACAAUACAAACAAAAAACUAAAAAUUACAAAAACACCAAAAUCAAACAAAUUCCCAGGCCCAACCAAACAUCCACCCCACCCCACCACCACCCCCCACAUACAAAAAAUUCAAAAGAAUUUUUAAAAAACAUUUUAAAAAGAACUCUGCGCCCCCCUGAGUCCUCCUGGACAGCAGCAGCAGUAACAGCAACCGUAGUUGUGAGGCCUGUCAGGCCCUGCCUUGGGCCAGAUGGUGAGUGGCAAGAGCAGGGCCCUCAAGCACUCACACAGGGGAGGUCAAGGAGAAGUCAAGGAGGAGAAUCGUGGGAUCAUGGACUCUCUCAGUAAGGAUCCCUGUUGGAUCAUAACAUGUUGUGAUUGGAGAUGGAGUGGAUUCCAUGAUUGAGCCACAAAAAUAUCCAUCCCAGAUAAAAGCCAAGCAAUAUCUCAGUUAAUACCAGCCAACUAAGGAAGUGAAACCUAUAGGACGGCCUCACAUCUCAUUCUCUUCAGUUCUUCCUCUGUCACAAGCAUUCAUUAACAUUGUUCAAUAAUCUGGAGCUCCCAUUUCCUCCUGAGACUCUAAUUAGCAUCUCUCUUCAUUGCAGGUGGUGAUGACUUAGAAGGGAAGAACAAGGGAGAGCACAACAGGAUCCACAUAGCGGAGAAGUCAUGUAAAUAUUCAGAGUGUGGAGAGAACAUCCGUCAGAGCUCCCAGUCCAACUCCCAUCAAAGAAAGAGCUUCAUUCGAAGGAAUAGCCUCACUUCACACGAAAUAACACAGAGUAGGGAGAAAUCGUAUCAGUGCUUGGAGUGUGGAAAGAGCUUCAAUCGAAAGAAUAAUUUCACUGUGCAUCAAAGAAUUCAUACAGGGGAGAAACCAUAUCAGUGCUUGGAAUGUGGAAAGAGCUUUCGGUGAGUGGUGAACUCACUUCCCACCAAAGAAUUCAUACAGGGGAGAAACCCUAUCAGUGCUUCGAAUGUGGGAAGAGCUUUCGUGUGAGUGGUGAUCUCACUUCCCACCAAAGAAUUCAUACAGGGGAGAAACCCUAUCAGUGCUUGGAGUGUGGGAAAAGCUUCAGUUACAGCGCCAGUCUCACUUCCCAUCAAAGAAUUCAUACAGGGGGGAAACCCUAUCAGUGCUUGGAAUGUGGAAAGAGCUUCAAUCGAAAGGGUCAUCUCACUUCUCAUCAAAGAAUUCAUACAGGGGAAAAACCCUAUCAGUGCUUGGAAUGUGGAAAGAGCUUCUGUCAAAGGGCGACGCUCACUUCCCAUCAACAAAUACAUACAGGGGAGAAACCCUAUCAGUGCUUGGAAUGUGGAAAAUGCUUCAGUCAUAGCACCGGUCUCACUUCCCACCGAAGAAUUCAUACAGGGGAGAAACCCUAUCAGUGCUUCGAAUGUGGGAAAAGCUUCAGUGAAAGAGCCAAUCUCACUUCCCAUCAAAGAAUUCAUAAGGGGAGAAACCCUAUCAGUGCUUCGAAUGUGGGAAGAGCUUUCGUGUGAGUGGUGAACUCACUUCCCACCAAAGAAUUCAUACAGGGGAGAAACCCUAUCAGUGCUUGGAGUGUGGAAAGAGCUUCAGUCAAAGCACCCAUCUCUCUUCCCAUCAAAGAAUUCAUACAGGGGAGAAACCCUAUCAGUGCUUGGAGUGUGGAAAGAGCUUCAAUCGAAAGAGUCAUCUCACUUCUCAUCAAAGAAUUCAUACAGGGGAGAAACCCUAUCAGUGCUUGGAAUGUGGAAAGAGCUUCUGUCAGAGUG